CCCUAGUCUAUAAAUUUGUGAAAUAGAACGAAGACUCGGAAAACUGGUCACGACUCGCACGUGAGUGAGUUCUAGGCUCUUUCAGAGGCCGGGCAUGCGUGGUUAUUGAUCCGAGAGCUCACCGUUAACGACCACAGUUAUUUUCAGUAAUGGGGAGAAGGAAGCAAAGCAGACCGCAUCGAUCCGGUGGGAUAAUAUUAAACGGUCAUGAUACUGCUAAUCAGGCAGAAUUGGAUAACCAGAAAGGUUUUGAAACUGAAGAAGCACAAAAGGAGCUUGAUGAAGUUGAUAAACCAUAUUUUGUGGAAGUUGAUAGGUCUGGUUGGGUUUCUGAUGAUGAACACCUUGAUAUUUCCGAAGUAGUUUUAAUGGAUUUGAAUAUAAGAGAAGGGUCAUUUUCUAGUCAUGAAGUGAAUGAGGAAUUUUUAGGAGACAAUAAGUACUCAUUAAGGUUUUGUUUACGCAAUGUAAGUCAGUAUGUUGACCGUAUAAAACUAGGUCAUUGGCCUGUGAUAUCCUCAACAGAUAUAUUGUUAGAGUUCAUUGAAAAAUGUACAGUGGAUGAUGUGAGCACGUGCUCAGUGAUCCUAUCGGGGACAUUUGAUGGACCAGAUGAGAGUGUGUCUGGUCUUGUUCAUUUAGCAAGUUUGAAGUUUUUGACAUUGAGACCAGUUCUAGGAAUUGUGAUUUCAAAGGAUAUGUCAUCGGUCAGGAUGAGGGUGGAGAUGCUUAAGAGUGCGUUUGAUGCUUGCGAGUCACUUCUAGACAAUACACGGCAGUUGUGGAAAAAGAGUAUGAUGAAUGUUAUGGCUUGGCUGCGACCAGAAGUAGUGACUUCAGAGGCUAGGUAUGGAGUGAGUAAAUCAACAGAAACGGAACUUGAUUUGCAAACAGAAAUGGCAGAUAUAAAUUCUAACCGCAAGAAAGGUGGAAAGUUUGAUGCUGCUGUGUUUUAUGAAGCCAUUAAACCUUCAAAAGCAGAUGCAAUGCUUGAAGAAGACUUGCCUGAUUUGCUUCCUGAGUUGAGACCAUAUCAGCGUCGUGCAGCUUACUGGAUGGUAAAUCGAGAGAAAGGAGAUUUAGGAAGUCCAAAUGAACUUCAGUUCUUUUCUCCUUUGUGUAUGCCUGUGAAGUUCCUCAACAUAUCUUCAAAUAUGUUCUACAAUCCAUUCAGUGGAAAUAUUUCAUUGGACCCAGAGCCUUCUUCAGCAAAUAUUUUUGGUGGUAUCCUUGCUGAUGAAAUGGGCUUGGGGAAGACUGUGGAACUGCUUGCAUGCAUCUUUGCUCAUCAUAAGACUGCAUCUGAAGGCAGCAUAUUUGUUGAUAGUGACUUACAAGCUAGCGCGUAUCUGAAAAUGAAUCUUAAAAGAUUGAAAAGGGAGCGUGUUGAGUGUAUAUGUGGAGCUGUGAGUGAAAGUCGCAGAUAUAAAGGAUUAUGGGUACAGUGUGACAUGUGUGAUGCAUGGCAACAUGCAGAUUGUGUUGGUUACUCAUCUAAAGGAAAAACUAUAAAAUCCAAAGAAGUCUCUGAUGGACGAGGAUGUGGAAGAAUGUCAGCAGCUAAGAUACAAAAUCACAAUGGAAAGAAGAAUGCAACCACCAUAGUUGUGAGAGAUGGGGAACAUAUGUGCCAGCUGUGCACAGAACUGAUACAAGCUACUGACUCACCCAUAGCUACCGGUGCCACUCUUAUAGUUUGUCCUGCUCCUAUACUGCCCCAGUGGCAUGAUGAAAUUUUACGCCAUACCCGUCCUGGUUCUUUAAAAACUCUUAUCUAUGAAGGCGUCAGAGACACAUCUCUUUCAAAUAAAUCUGCAAUUGAUAUCAGUGAACUUGUCAAUGCUGACAUUGUUCUAACAACAUAUGAUGUGCUGAAGGAGGAUCUAUCGCAUGAUUGUGAUAGGCAUGAAGGUGAUCGACGUUUCAUGAGAUUCCAAAAGAGGUACCCUGUCAUUCCAACUUAUUUGACCAGAAUAUUCUGGUGGAGGAUUUGUAUGGAUGAAGCCCAAAUGGUAGAGAGUAAUGCCACUGCUGCCACAGAGAUGGCUCUGCGACUAUAUGCAAAGCAUCGCUGGUGCAUAACAGGGACUCCUAUACAACGGAAGUUUGACGAUUUGUAUGGCCUUCUUCGAUUUCUUAAAGCCAGUCCUUUCAAUGUUUAUAGGUGGUGGGUUGAUGUCAUGCGAGAUCCAUAUGAGAGGAGAGACCCUGGAGCCAUGGAAUUUACACACAAGUUCUUUAAACAAAUCAUGUGGCGUUCUUCAAAAGUACAUGUUGCAGAUGAGUUGCAGCUACCUCCUCAGGAGGAGUGCCUCUCUUGGCUCACCUUCUCACCAGUUGAAGAGCACUUUUAUCAGAGGCAACAUGAAACUUGUGCAAGUUUGGCCCUUGAAAUUAUUGAAAGUUUGAAAAAAGAUAUUAGCAAAAGAAAUGUGACAGGCUGUUUAGAUUCUACUUCAUGUGAUUCUUUCAUUACCCAUGCUGAGGCAGGAAAGCUUCUCAACACACUCCUUAAGCUUCGCCAAGCAUGCUGCCACCCUCAAGUAGGAAGUUCUGGGUUGCGUUCUCUGCAACAGUCCCCCAUGACAAUGGAGGAAAUACUGAUGGUUCUUGUAAGUAAGACAAAGGUAGAAGGUGAGGAAGCUCUCAGGAGAUUGGUUGUUGCUUUAAAUGGGCUUGCAGGGCUAGCUAUUAUUCAGAAAAAUUAUAUUGAAGCAGUAUCACUUUACAAGGAAGCACUGGCUUUAGCAGAAGAGUACUCUGAAGAUUUUCGAUUGGACCCAUUGUUGAAUAUUCACAUUCAUCAUAAUCUUUCUGAAACACUCCCACUGGCAGCAAGGUGCUCUGAGCAGUGCCUUUUAAAUAGGCAAGAGUUCCCUGAGAGCCCUGGGAGAGUCUCCAAGAUGCAUCGUAUUGAAAAGUGUGAUCAAUAUGUUUAUAAGAGGCGGAAAGUGAGUGAGAAAGGCAAUUUUGUUACUGAUUCUGGGAAUCUGCUGGAUAGUACAACUGACUUGCCUGAAAAUGGCCUAAAUAAUGAAGAAUGCGAUAUUGUAGCCCAGGCAUCCUCUAGUUCUUUGAGUGAUGUGUCUUUGAGAACUGCUUGUGAGAAUAUGAAACAGAAAUACUUAUCUGCAUUUCGUUCAAAGCUAUCCCAUGCGCAAGAAGAAUUUAGAAAAUCAUACAUGCAGGUUUGUUUUGCAAAUGGUGAAAGAAAAAAUACUGUAUGGUGGGUGGAAGCCCUUCUUCAUGCUGAGCAGAGCAAAGAUUUUUCAAGCGAGUUAAUCAGAAAGAUUGAAGAGGCUGUAUCAGGAACUCUAAACAGUUCAAGAUCAUCAAGAAUUGCAUCUCGUUUCCGGUCCAUAAGUGGUCUAAAGUAUCAUAUCCAGACUGGUUUGGACCAAUUGGAAGCCGCCAGAAAAGUUUUAGUUGAUCAACUUUUAGAGAUUGAUCACACGAUGGAGAACCCGAAGGAAGAGGAUAUUGAACGUGUGAGCAAUUGUCAAAAUUGUCAGAUCAAUGGUGAAGGUCCUGCAUGUGUUAUGUGUGAAUUAGAUGAAUUAUUUCAGGGUUAUGAAGCAAGGCUUUUUCGUCUCAACAAAGCACAUGGAGGGCUAAUUACAUCUGCUGAAGAGGCUAUAGUUUUGCAGAAGAAGAACUCUGCACUAAAUCGUUUCUAUUGGAACUUGUCCCAGCAAAACAAAACUUCCAAAUCAUCUAAUGCCAGACAUGAAGAAUCUAAGAAAAGAGAUGUUGGAGAAAAUGUUGUGGUUUCAAAAUCUCCAUCUGAAUUGGAGGUUGUUCUUGGAGUUAUAAAGAGCCAUUGCAAAGCUCAAUUAGGGAAGGAUGGUAUAUCAGCAGCAUCUAAGCACUUGCACAUGCUUGAGGGCAUGCGAAAGGAAUAUGGUCAUGCAAGGUCCCUGGCUAUAGCUCAAGCUCAAGUUCUGCAAGCUCAUGACGAAAUUAAGAUGGCAACUACACGAUUACGGCGACGAGAAAAUGAGGAUGACAAAUCUUUGUAUGCUUUAAGUGAAGAUGAAUUACCUUCAGCUAGUGUGCAAUACACCAAUGACAAGUUCGUGGCCUUGAGUUUGUUGUCAUGUGUAAAAGGAAAACUUCGAUAUUUAAAGGGUUUGGUAAAAGCUAAACAGAAAACUACAUCAGAAAACCCGGAUAAUUCCUCUUUAACAGAAGAGGUUUCAGCAGUUACUGAAUUAUCUUGUACUGAACCGAAAAAUGAACGCAUACUUAAAGCUGAUGACGAAACAUGCCCAGUUUGCCAAGACAUGUUGAGCACUCGAAAGAUGGUUUUUCAAUGUGGGCAUGUUACAUGCUGUAAAUGUUUAUUUGCAAUGACUGAAUGGAGACUGCUUCGUAAUAAUAAGGGUCAAGAUAAGUGGGUAAGGUGCCCAACAUGUCGACAACGUACUGACGUUGGCAAUAUUGCAUAUGUUGAUGAUAGGCAAAAUGAAUCUUCUAAUUCUUCUCCGCUUCAAACUCUUCAAGAUAAUGAAAAGUGUGAAGCAUCUAUUGUAGUUCAAGGUUCAUAUGGUACUAAGAUUGAAGCAGUGACAAGAAGAAUCUUGUGGAUCAAGUCUAAAGAUCCAAAAGAGAAAGUUCUUGUUUUCUCAAGUUGGAAUGAUGUCCUUGAUGUAUUAGAACAUGCCUUUGCUGCUAAUGAUAUCACCUAUAUUCGGAUGAAAGGAGGCAGGAAAUCACAUGUUUCCAUCAGUGAAUUUAGAGGACAAAAAAGCAGCACAAAAGGGAAGUACAAGAUACAUGGCGAGCAAUUGGAACAAAAAUCUAUUCAAGUGUUAUUGCUCUUAACUCAACAUGGAGCCAAUGGCCUCAAUCUUUUAGAAGCACAGCAUGUUGUUCUUGUAGAGCCACUACUCAAUCCAGCAGCAGAAGCACAAGCAAUCAGCCGGGUGCACCGAAUAGGGCAGAAAAAUAGGACGCUGGUUCACCGUUUCAUUGUUAAGGACACAGUUGAAGAGAGUAUAUAUAAACUCAACAGGAGCAGGAAUGCAACUGCAUUUAUUAGUGGGAAUACAAAGAAUCAAGAUCAGCCUUUUUUGACACUAAAAGACAUUGAAUCACUAUUUGCAGCAGUGCCAUCCAAUGUAGCUGGAACUGAUAAUAAGCAAACAGAUAGUCUAAGACAUUUGCCACCUGCUGUGGCUGCUGCAUUGGCAGCCGAGAGGAGACUCAAUAAGCAAACUGAUUCAAGUUCAUUAUGAAGAUUAUUCAGAAUGAUCAAUUUUUAUCUUGUGCAUAACUUAAUAAAGGAAAACUUAGCGACUGUCCGAGCAGCACCAAUGGUUAAAAGAUCGAUGAUGAGGAUAUUCCUGUUGCAAUUUUUGUAGGUUUUUCUCCGUUUUAUCAUUCCAUAGGUUUAUGAAUCAUGUUAUUCUUGUAUAUAUAACUUUUGCUGAUGUUAGUAUAUAUACUUUUUCAAAGAGAACCUCUUUCUUUCCCA